AUAUAGAGCCAAGUCACAAAGCAUAUACUACGUAACGUUCUGCAAGUCACCAUUAUCGCAACUUCGUUUGUAAAAUACGUGGCUAUUGGCACUAAUCCUGAGCGAAUAUUUAUUGUACCAAAAAAUGGGGCAAUUUUUGUUUCUGUUAAUUUUAUCGAUGGCAACUGUCAGCUUUGGCGUCGAAUAUAAACUCGAGUACGCAUUUGAUCACAUUAAUUUUGAAUGGCAGUCUCAGAAGCAGAUGGAGGACGCAAUACGUUCUGGCGAUUAUAACAUCAGCAGAUGCUUUUUGUACGAUGUAGAUCAAGCAAAUGAUGGUACAACAUAUGUCACUAUACCCAGAGAAUUGGGCCCUGGAGCACCUGCUACUUUGGCGAAAAUAACUGAUCAGACAGGACCGGGUGGUCCACUUCUACUUCCGUUUCCAAAUUGGGACUGGCAUAGCAGUACCAAAAUUGUAAAUGCUCAUUCAAUAAAGGUAAACAUUAUGAUUAUAUGCAAUCACAUUUUCAUUUUGGAUACUGGUAGAAUCGGACCCAAAGAAAUAAGUACUCCAAAACUAUUGGUCUUCGAUUUAAAAACAAACUCAACAUCAAUUAAUUAUAAAGAAUUAGUUUAUUUUAUAUUCUUUGGAUGGCAAAUUGCUACUAACGGAACGAGCGCUGGAUCACUAAUAUCGCCCGUCGUUUAUAUUCCUGGACAAUCGGUUUCUGGAUGCUCUCGAUUCAACGAAAGGAUUGUAUUUAUAGCCGAUAGAGAAGGUUCAGGUUUAGUGAUAUAUAAUCAGGCUACGAAGAGUACGUGCAGAAUUGAAUCUAAAUACAUGAAACCGACUCAUAAUAAUUUUAUCAUUAAAGGCCAAUCUUUUAUUUAUAAGGCUGGUAUCAAUAGCAUGACAAUCAUUGGCGAUGGCAAGUAUUCAUAUUUUAACAAAAAGAGUAUUGUUUUAUAAUAAUCAUUGCGUCUGAGUUUAUUACACAUGGCGCGUAUUAAGAAUUUCAAAUCUAACUUUAAACUGUUUCCCGUAUUAUUUCUACAAUCAUAAUUCCGCUUUUAUUUUUUAAUAAUAUUAAUAUGUAUAUACAAUAUUUAUGCGUAACAAUUCGUAAAGUAUAACAGGCUUUUCUACAAUUUACAUACAUAUCUCUUUUGUGCAUUUUAGAACUAUACUUUAGUGCUUUAUCGGGGCUGACCGUUUAUAUGGCAAAAAUAAGUGAGCUAGUAAAGUGUCCAAAUGGAAGCGAUGCUGAUAAAAUAUUUAAAUCUGUGGGCAAAUUAUCAAGUCAGGCAGGAGCAAUAGCAUCCACAAAAGAUGCAAUAUUUUUAAGCAAUUUGCGGGAAGCAUCCAUUGUAGCUGUGAACCCUCGUAAAACCCCUUUUAAUUCUGAGAGCAUGGUGGUUCUCGGUCAAGAUUCUGAAGAAUUGCUAGAUAUAACUGCGUUGAAAGUUCUACCGCAUAAGAUGUUAUCGUUAUCAAGUAAAAGUUUUCGUUUUCUUACUGGUACAGUAAAUCUAAAUGAGACAAACUUCUAUAUCUCUUCCAUGGAUAUGAUUAAAAUAAAGAAGGAAAUGUAUCCUAUUAAAAAGGAUUAAUCAGAAUCAAUUGGUGUUUAAUAUUAUAGAUAUUUUAACAUAUAAAAAAGCUAAUUAAUAUGUAAAACAUAAUUAUAAACGUAUAUAGAAUAGAAGUAAUUUAAUAGGAAUUUAACAGGAAUACGCUACUAAUAUGGAACAGAGGUUCAUUUUUUAAAUAAAGUAAUGCAUUCUCGUGGCAAUUGUUGGAAGUUGUUGUAAUUGCUGUCAUAGGUAACAUAAUAAAUGGCAAAUUUGAACUGA